ACCAAGAUGGCGUCUGUGCUUUUAUUUGAUAAUUUCGGUUUCUCGUCAUCUUUUGGUCGUAAUAUUCUUGUUGGUAUCUCCAUUGGCUUGGGAAUUGGGAUAGGAAUAGGUGCUGGAAUGGCUGCUUCAAGGAAAUGGUUUUCUGCGAGAGGAGAAGACCAGAACAUCGUCGUUAAGUUUACUGAGUUGAAGGACGAAAUAAGAGAACUUCGUUGUAUAGUGGUUAGACUUGAAUUAACUCUAACCGAGGGGAAAAAUAAACGAAUUGUACCAAAGAAUGAAACACCUCCUCGAAUGACUGUGCAAAGUGACGAGGAGACAGAAGACGAAUUUUAUGAAAUGUCAGGGGAGGGAUGGGAACUUUCCUCCAGGGCUUCAGACUUUGACCAGCUCAAAGCUAUCAUCGAUGAAGUAGACCAGCUUCACUCCAAUAAUGAGACUGCAGCCAAGCAAAAAAUUCAUGGACUCCUACAGAAGUGUUUACAGAAUCAUCAAAAUUGUGAAGUUAGCUGGAGAUAUGCAAGAUCCUGUUAUGAUAUUGCAGUGAUGAAAGGGAAUAGUGGAGAUACUGAAGGGAAAAAAAACAUGUUAUAUGAAGGUAUUGCAGAGGCAGAGAAAGCAAUUGAACUGGACAAAGACAACUCAAAUGCUCACAAAUGGAUUUCUAUGUUGUCUUGGUGGCAGAGGAAAGCUGCUUCAGCAUUUGUAGCUGAGCCUCCAUCAUCAUCAGUGGAUGAAGCUCUUCAGAACUUUCAUAAGGCUGAAGAACUCCAACCGGGAUUUUGGCUGACAAAUUCGUUUUGGAUUGGAAAGUGCUACAAACAAAAUGGAGAUGUGCCUAAGGCCAAAGAAUGGUUAAAGAAAGCGCUCUCGCUCCCAGUCUCCAGUGAUGACGACAAAGAAUCAAGCGAACAAGCUCAGAAACUGCUAGUCACCCUAUAACGAAAGAUUUCAUCGGCUACAGCAUGUGCUGUCCCUUGAUUGGUCAAUGUGUGUCACGCGGUUUAUUCAAGGCCCUUCAGUGGACAUGUCGGUAAAAUUGUCCUAUUUUCUUUUCAAGAGCAAAGGUUUCAAGCUCUCUUUACUUUUGAAACAGUGUCUUUUUUAUUUCAAAUUUGAUAUUUUGUUUUCAGAGAAAAAAACCAAUACUUAAAUAUAUACUAAUUGUCUUAAGAUAAUAUUUAUCAAUAAAGAGACUGAUGGUCAGCAACGUCAUUUGUAUUUCAACAGAAUACUCUGUCUUUAAAAGACAGUGACAGCAUUAUUCAUUUCCUUCAUUAAAAUCACAAAGUUUAUCCCGGUUAUUAAGUCUCUGAGGGAAAUAAAUGAAUUUGGCGAUAAAUGGA